CUUUCUGACUAGCGUUGUCGCAACCUCAAAACGCCUUGUUCCGUUGUAAAUUUAUUUGGGGAUGCUAAUGUUUUGAAAAAUGUCUUUACGCUAUUCACACUUACCUUUGCUACCCGGAUAUUCACCUAACCCAAAUAUCGGGAGAACUAAUUUUCACCUUAAUUCUGUUUUUGAUGUUGCCGGUGAUGGCAAUGGAACCUUAAUUGAAAAAGUACGUCCAAACAUGUUUGGACCUUUAUCGGACAAAUAUCCAUCAGUCUAUCCAAGGGGACAGUCGAUCGAAUUGCCGGGAUGGAUCCUUUUUGAUAAACAGAUUCUGAGUUUUGAUGCUUACUUCCAAGAGACUCUACAAGAGGUAUACGGUUCGCCGUUCCAAGUAAGAAAAGUAAAAAUUUAUUAUUAUCUAGAAGAUGGUACAAUUCGGGUGGUCGAACCCGUAGUUAUGAAUAGUGGUAUCCCGCAAGGUGUGCUAAUUUCCCGCCAAAGGAUCCGCUUUCCCGCACCUAUGGCUGAAAACUUUUACGACCUGAUCGAUUUUAAUAUCGGACGGGAAGUCGAGUUGUACGGCAAGGUUUUUAAAAUUAUCAACUGCGAUAAAUUUACGAGAACAUUCUUAAAUCGACGUGGUAUUCAUGUGCCAGACCCAAUUGUUGCACCAGAGGAUCCCUAUUUAGAACUGAGAUCGCAUGAUCGAGAUUCGAUACAACCAAAGAAGCCGAACAGAACUCAAGAUAAUUUAGGAAAAUUUUUGGAGAACGAUAAAAAGGUUCUUCGGUUUAAAGCGUACUGGGACGAUUCGGAAACAGAGUACGGAUAUGUUCAUCGGCUUGACGUUCGAUAUUAUUGUGCAGACGACACGAUAGAAGUUAAGGAACUGCAAAAAGAAGCUGGCGGCGAGCCUGAUUUCAUGUUUCUUCGUAGAGAAAAGUUGCCAAAAUGGUACAGAGAAUUGCCACCGGUUGGGAGCAAUUCUCGCUGCACAGUGCUAAAUGUUUUGGGCUCUGCGUUAGGUUCAAAAAGGUACAUUCUCGAUCCAUUGGAUUGCGGCCGAGAAAAUACCGAAUAUUACACCGAAAAGGAUUUGACCAUAGGAGGGAUGCUGAACUGUUAUGGAAGAAAGAUCAUCCUCACUGAUUGUGAUUCGUUUACCAAAGAAUAUUACGCAGUCAAAUAUGGAAUCACCGAAUUCAAUCCGAUCGCGGAACCGAAUCACGAGAGCAAAACCGUUCGGAUACUGGAACCCAAAGAUAGAGAACUGCCUCCGUGGAAUGGGUUCGGCUCGUACGAAGAUUCGGCCCAGAAUUGUUUAACCGUGGAACCCAAACCACCACAAAGAGACUUCAAGAAAUUUCUUCUUCACGACAGGGUAGGCCUUGACAGUCACAUUCUAAGAUUCCAAGCGAAAAUGAAAUCAAAAAUUCCAGAGAAUUGCAGCAGAAAUUUUAUCAUUAGUUAUUAUCUAACCGACGACUCUCUGGGGGUAUUCGAAAUUGCGUUAAGAAACUCAGGAUUUGUAACGUCCACGUUUUUUAAAAAAGCACGGGUGCAGCUUGCGGGUCAGAAAACCUAUACAAGCAAACCCCCUUUGUAUUACACACCUCAGCAUAUGUAUAUCGGGGCAACCUUGAUUAUAAACGGGUUCGAGUUUAUUCUCACAACUGCAGACGAUUACGCUCUUAGAUAUAUGGAACUAAACGCUGGCCAGUUCCCAAAAUCAAAUUUGAAGCUCAUAAUGGAUAAAGUUCGAGACAAAUUGCGACCAAUAUACAAGGACUUCGUUGCCGAAAUAAUUCCCACCGAAUCAUCAGUGAUUCCUUAUGAAAAACUGAGAAAUAAGCUCUGUCAAAUUAUGGGCGAAGAUUUCACAGAACACGAAAUGAUCACUAUCGCCAGGGGGUUUUCUGCAAGUUGCUACAAGCAACGAUAUGAUCGCGAUAAAAUACGCGCCAUUGUGCUCACACAGCUUAAGAGAUAUCUUUGGGAUGACCUGGAUCGGUUACGUGAGUAUUUUUUACUAAGGGAUCAUUCCAGAUCCGGAAAGUUGAGCGAGAAAGAAUGUUACACCAUUCUUAAGGGAAGUCGGUUGCCUUUUGAGAACGAAUUGAUUAACAAAAUUAUUGAUGUGAUUGAAAAGGACGAUCAUGGUAAUAUCGAAUACGAAAAUAUUUUGCGAUUUUUGGAUCGUACCAUUUGUCCCAUGCCAGAUUCUUUGCCAAUCAAUAUAAAACUGGAUCUUGGAUGGGGUUCCGAGCCCAGAGUGGAAGCUGGUAAGCUAAUAGAUUGGUGUGCUUUUAACAAAUGUUUGGAUUUGGAAUCCACAUUUAGAAACACUGUAGGAGAGGAUUCGGUCAAAGCCAUAGAAGACAAAACUAAUUUGGCGGGUUGAAUGUAAAAUCUAUAAU